UCUUGGCUUGGGAAGUUUUUGGUUUAAGCAGUUUUUUUUCCCUGCUUAAAAGAGCUGAAACAGCUUGUUAGCAGCUUGUUGAUCUGCACCAUGGAACUCUCCCGCAGUCUCGUGAAGCUGGCCGGACUCGUAGCGUUUUGCUUCGCCGGCCAUGCUUUUGUGAAUGGCAGGUUCACUUCGAUGGCCAAGCCAGCCAAGACUGGACACGAUGUCGGCACUACCAAUGUUCCCAAGCCUUCCGAUGCCGCCGAGUGGCUCUGGUCUACCACCGGGCACGCCUUGAGUGUGGGUGCAGCUCUUGGUAUGGUCUUUGCAUUGACCCAGGCCUCUGCCAGAGCGGAAGACACGCUAUCCUGGGACUUGGAGUCACAGGUCACGGUGGCUCUCAAAGACAAGGGACAGGAAAAGGUCACGGUGGCUCCUCCCAUUGGCAUUGACAAGGAAGCCAAGAAGAAGCAGCUCGAGGCUGAUCAGAAAGCACUCGACAAAUUUACCAAGGGGGGAAAGGUGCGAGAUUCUGAGGACAAGCUGGCAGAAUACAAGAAAGACCUGGAGAAUGAUUUGGCUUCGACGGAGCGCUACAUCCGAGCUGGCGCAGGGGUGAGAUCCGUGAAGCGAAAGUCUCUCCAGAAGGAGAAGACUGACGCUCCGCUUUUCACGGGCUUGGAUGGAUUGCCUUCCAUCAGCCUUCCAGAGAUCUCGUUGCCGUCCAUCAGCCUCCCAGGUGGUGGUUCUGUCACUCCUUCUUUUGCAGCUCCCGGUGAAGAUGCAGCUGUCGGCAUCCUCUCAGGAGCUGCUGUAUCCUUGGGCCUCCCAGCGGUUGUGGUUGCUGGUGCUGUCAACAGGCGCAUCCAAGAGAAGCAGCGAGAAGAAGUCGAGAGGAAGGCGAGAGAACGAGCAGAUCCUACUGGAGCCAUUUUGACUACGGUCGCAGGUCUUGGGGCGGCUGUAGUUUUUGGCAACGCCCUUUUGGCAAGCAUUCCUCAGGCUAAAGUGGUGGAGAAGGCACCUAUCGUGACAACAGCAAAGCCAGCUGCCGAUGAUUCUGCUGCAAAGAAAGCUGCUGCUGACACCGCCGCCGCUGACAAGGCCGCUGCUGACAAGGCCGCUGCUGACAAGGCUGCUGCCGACAAGGCCGCUGCCGACAAGGCCGCUGCCGACAAGGCCGCCGCUGACAAGGAAGCUGCCGACAAGGCUACUGCCGACAAGGCCGCUGCCGACAAGGCCGCUGCCCACAAGGCAGCUGCCGACAAGGCCGCUGCCGACAAGGCCGCUGCUGACAAGGCCGCCGCUGACAAGGCAGCUGCCGACAAGGCCGCUGCCGACAAGGCAGCUGCCGACAAGGCAGCUGCUGACAAGGCAGCUGCUGACAAGGCUGCUGAGGCUGCUGCUGCUGCGAGGGCAGCUGCUGAGAAGGCAGCUGCUGACAGGGCCGCUGCUGCUGCAAAGGUGGAAGCGGCACCAGCUCCAGAGACCACACAGGGCAAGAUCGCAGCUAAGGGUGGCUACUUUGCCUAUAUGAAGUCGAAGCAGUGAAGCGGGUGACGUGGUAGAUUCUGGACAUGAAGCAUCGCGAAGCGUGUGAUUUGUAAACAGGCCUUGGCACGGCACUUCGGCCUUGAACUAUUUUUGACAAGUGCAGAACUAUCGUGCAGAAUGUGAGAAUUGUUUGACUGUCACCGUCCUCGGGCCUCUUGCAAGUGCAAACUGGGCCGAUUACUGUAUGCUUGGCCCGGAAAAUCUGCACUUAGUGGAGUGGUACAUGGUGAGUGUCAUAGCCAUCGCGUGACUCCUACAGUGCUGCACUACUUGUUUUUGUAGUUUUGGUGCAAAGGGAACCUACUAGCGAUGGCCUCGAACCCAAUAGCGUACUUGUUUCUUUGAGAGAA